AUUAGGAGAUCUAGGUUCCAAUUAACGUUGCCUCUAGUGGUAAAGGACAGAGACCCUCAGACUGAUGAAAUAGGCUCAGAAUUACUUAGACAAAGCAGAUAUUUGUCACUCUCUUCCCCUUCUCCUGUAUUUUACAGUGAAGUCAGCUGAACAAAAAAUGUAGGGGAAUAUAAUGAGAGUAAAUACGGUAAUCUCUUCAUGUGCUAGUUCAAGCGCUGGACUUGGGACUUAGGAGUGGCAAUGGGGCCACUUAGAGCCCACAUCUGACUUUGACUGAAAUGUAGGUGAGAGACAAGAUUGUCUCAUAUCCGGGGAAAUCAUAACCUAUGACUAGGACGGGAAGAGGAAGCACUGCCUUUACUUCAGCGGGAGCCAAGUGUUCACAGUGAGAAAAGCAAGAGAAUAAGCUAAUACUCCUGUUCUGAACAAGGCAGCGGCUCCUCAGUAAAGCUACUCCUUGAUCGAUCCUUUGCUCCUGAUUGUUCAAAGUGGACCCCAGAGGAGAAGUUAGAGCAAAGAAGUUACCACCGCCAAGCAGAAAAAACAUCAUCACAUGUGGUGGUUGCUGCCCUUGGCAAUCAGUACCUAAAGAGACUUUGGGGUACAGUAGUAAACAGGACAGUCCCCCACGUCUACUGAACAUCCAAGAAGAAUUCAAGUUAUGCUCUCAAGUCCAAGAAACCCAGAAGCAAACCUGGAGGUGAGACCCAAAGAAAGCUGGAACCAUGCUGACUUUGUACUCUGGAGGGACACAGAGUCUGUUCCUGGAAAGCCCACUGUCAAGGCAGAUGAGGAAGUUGGGGGUCCCCAAAUCUGCCGUGUAUGUGGGGACAAGGCCACUGGUUAUCACUUCAAUGUCAUGACAUGUGAAGGAUGCAAGGGCUUUUUCAGGAGGGCCAUGAAACGCAACGCCCGGCUGAGGUGCCCCUUCCGGAAGGGCGCCUGCGAGAUCACCCGGAAGACCCGGCGACAGUGUCAGGCCUGCCGCCUGCGCAAGUGCCUGGAGAGCGGCAUGAAGAAGGAGAUGAUCAUGUCUGACGUGGCUGUGGAGGAGAGGCGGGCCUUGAUCAAGAGGAAGAAAAGAGAACGGAUCGGGACUCAGCCACCGGAAAUGCAGGGGCUGACGGAAGUGCAGCGGAUGAUGAUCAGGGAGCUGAUGGAUGCUCAGAUGAAAACCUUUGACACUACCUUCUCCCAUUUCAAGAAUUUCCGGUUGCCAGGUGUGCUUAGCAGUGGCUGUGAGAUGCCAGAGUCUCUACAGGCCCCAUCGAGGGAAGAAGCUGCCAAAUGGAGCCAGGUCAGGAAAGAUCUGUGCUCUGUGAAGGUCUCUCUGCAGCUGCGGGGGGAGGAUGGCAGUGUCUGGAACUACAAACCCCCAGCCGACAAUGGCGGGAAAGAGAUCUUUUCCCUGCUGCCCCACAUGGCUGACAUGUCAACCUACAUGAUCAAAGGCAUCAUCAACUUUGCCAAAGUCAUCUCCUACUUCAGGGACUUGCCCAUUGAGGACCAGAUCUCCCUGCUGAAGGGGGCCACUUUUGAGCUGUGCCAACUGAGAUUCAACACGGUGUUCAACGCAGAGACUGGGACCUGGGAGUGUGGCCGGCUGUCCUACUGCUUGGAAGACACUGCAGGUGGCUUCCAGCAACUUCUACUGGAGCCCAUGCUGAAAUUCCACUACAUGCUGAAGAAGCUGCAGCUGCAUGAGGAGGAGUAUGUGCUGAUGCAGGCCAUCUCCCUCUUCUCCCCAGACCGCCCAGGUGUGGUGCAGCACCAUGUGGUGGACCAGCUGCAGGAACAAUUUGCCAUUACCCUGAAGGCCUACAUUGAAUGCAAUCGGCCCCAGCCUGCCCACAGGUUCCUGUUCCUGAAGAUCAUGGCCAUGCUCACCGAGCUCCGCAGCAUCAAUGCCCAGCACACCCAGCGGCUGCUGCGCAUCCAGGACAUACACCCCUUUGCUACGCCCCUCAUGCAGGAGUUGUUCAGCAUCACAGACAGCUGAGCGGCUGCCCUUGGGUGUCGCUUCCGAGGGGCAGCCAGACCCAGGGCCCUCUGAGCUGCCACUCCUGGGCCAAGACAGAUGGACACUGCUGAGAGCUGACAAUGCCCUGCUGAGCCUGCCUCCCCAGGGAACUCCUGCUAUGACAGCUGGCUAUCAUUCCUCAGAAAGGACAUGGAUAACCCCCCCAACCCUAGUUCAGUCUGUAGGGAGUGAAGCCAUAGACCCUUAUGUGGAGAGUGCACUGGCCUGUAGGUCACGACCGUCAGAGAGGCAAGGCUGCCCUUUUCUUCUAAAAGGCCCUGUGGUCUGGGAGAAAUCCCUCAGAUCCCACUAAAGUGUCAAGGUGUGGAAGGGGCGGCCAGGGCUGGGCCAUCUGGGGUCUAUGACCACAUACCCACGUUUGUUCGCUUCUUGAGUCUUUUCAUUGCUACCUCCAAUCGUCCUGUCUCCCACUUCCCACUCAUUCCCAAUCCCAGCCUCCUCUUCUGAGCUGCUUGGCGGGCUCCAGGCCUGUGCUCAUUGGCAGGUGCAUGAGUAUCUGUGGGAGUCCUCUAGAGAGAAGAGAAGCCAGAAGACCUGCACCAAAUGCCAAAAGCUUGGCAUGACCUCAUUCUGGCCACAUCAUUCUGUAUCUCUGCAACCAUUUGAACACAUUAUUAAGCACCAACAAUAGGUAGCCUGCUGUGGGGUAUACAAUGUUGACUCAGAUAUAGAUCCUGAGCUCACAGAGUUUAUAGUUAAAAAAAAACAAACAAAAAAAAAAACCAAACAGAAACACAAAUAACUUGGAUCAAAAGGAAAAAUGAUAAAUGACAAAAGCAGUACAAGGAAUUUCCUUGUGGAUGCUGAGCUGUGAUGACAGAUACCGGGAACCCAAGUAAGGUUCCCGAGGACAGGAGUUUGUGGGAGUAAGGGCACAAACUUUGGCUGUGGGUGCGGAUGUGUGAUUUGGUGUAGGUAGGUCUGUUCCCCAUCUAAUGGGGCCUGGGUUUGUUCCUGGGGCUGGAAUGCUGGGUAUGCUCUGUGACAAGGUUACGCUGACAGUCAAACAUACCUGAGAAGAAUAAUUUGCAUGCACCUUAUAUUUCUAUGUACACAUCUAUUCUCCAAGCUAAAGGGUAUGAAAGUGCCUGCCUUAUUUAUAGCCACUUUGAGUAAUUUUUUUUUUUUUUGCAUUUUCACAAAUUAUACUUUAUAUAAGGCAUUCCACACUUAAGAACUAGUUUUGGCAAAUGUGGUCCUGGGUUUAAUGUCAAAUUAAGGCAAGAGAAAUUAAAUAAUGAACUUUAGGCUAGAGAGGUAAACUUUUUUGGCCUUCUUUUCUGGGGAAAAUAAUGUGGGGGUGGGGAAAUACAAAUAAAUACAUACGUGCAUAUGUAUUUUUACUACUUAUUUUAUUAUUGUCCUUUAUAAAUCUAAAGACCCUGGGGUAAGAACAUAAACAUGAAUUAUUUAACUUGGCUCACUCAUAAAAUGAUUGUUUUGUAUAAAAGUUUAACAUGUGCAUACCAUAAUUAAAAAUAUAGGAAC